GAAAGAAAGAACAACUUUUUCGAAGCUGACAUCGUUCUGACCCGGCAAGACGUUCGUGAGCGUGGAGUGGACACAAGUGAGACUGGUGAUGCGAAGGGCGCUAAAGUUGAGGUGGAGAGUAUUGGGCAUAAAAGAAAAGGAAUACGCACGCGCCGAAAGAUCUGGCCUUCUAGGAUCAUCCCAGCUGCGAUCUCAAGUGGCAUGAGUGAGCCAUUUUCUUUGCUUCUGCCUCUGUUCUAAUAUGAAGAGAAACAUUGUUAAAUAAAUCUGUCUUACUGACGCGAAUACCAUCCUGAUUUUUUUCUAUUUUUUUUUUUAUUUUAUUUAUUUUUUAUUUUAUUUUAUUUUAUAAUCACACUUGGCAUUCACUUACAAUACAGCUAAACGGUACUUACUUACAACAAGACUACAAAAUUUACUUACGUUACAGCUUUACUACUUACUUGUUUGCUACUUACUUACAUUAAAAUACCUAAAACUAGUUUACAACAAACAAAAGGACUACUAAAGACAAUAAAUAAAUGAAAAGAAAAGAAAAGAAAAGAGAAGAGAAGAAAGAAAGAAAAAAGGCGACUCCUCUGCCUAAAACGGUUUUUAGCAAUAACUACUUGAGAUAACAUUGACAACAAUUGCUAAUAUUAAAAGAAAUCAUAAAUAUGCAUAAUUAGAUGAUUAAUAAGAUGAUUAAUAAACAGUGCGGAAAGAUAUGUGAAAUAGAUACUCAGUAAUUAAGAAAUAUUGGCGGUAUGUCUAGCUCUCAAUUGCACUUUGGCCUUGGUUCAUUUACAGAAAAUGGAUACAUAGGAAAGCUUUUAUUUUACCAAAAGCUAUGCAAUGUUGAGAAGUGGACGUAAAGGAUUCCAUUUCUUAGAAGUUGCAUCAAUGUUGUUGGCCUCUGUGUAAAACUGCGAUUUAAGGGACAUAAGAAAAGUUGUUAAAUUCGGAAUUUUCUGGUUGACCCUGCAGCUCCAUAUAUAAUAUCUUGCCAGGAGAAAGCAGAAAUUUAGUUGAAGUGAAAACUUGGAGGUGUCUGGUUUCAGGCCCAGAUAUACAGCAGUGUAUUUUGGAUAAUCUAUCGUUAUUAGAUUGAUCUGCUUUAGUUUUUCAGUCAAAUUUUCCCAAAAGGUGGCUACUAUUGUACAGUUCCAGAAGAGGUGGAUUAGGUAUUCGGGAUGGAUGGUACAGAAAGAGCAGUUCGGGUCCUGCUUUAUAUCAAUUUUUGUUAGGAAAAGGUUCGUUGGUAAAAUUCGGUGAAGGAAUCUAAAUUGAAAGUUUACAAGUUUUGUGCUUUUUGUGCACCUAGCUGCCAGACAAUAGGCGCUGGUCCAGUCAGCAGAGCAUCUUUGGUCGGAUUUAAUGCUGUCAUUCCAUUUCUCUUGGCUCUUAAACGGUACAGUGCUUUUGGAAGAGAGGAGCUUCUGGUAUACAACUCUGUUCACUUUAUCGUUCUUGAAAAAAGUCUCGGAGAAGGUCUCGGGGCAGGUAUUGGGAAUGUCUGUGCUACUAGGUUCUUUACUAAGAAAGUUAGUGUUAUAAUGGUGUCGAAGGGCAGAAAUUAAGCCGAAGUACUUUAUGGGUUGUAUUUGUAUUUUGUAAGUGCUGAUAAAAUCUGCUAGGGGGGAGAAAAUUCCGCGAGUCUGUCAUUAAGUGGGCUACCUUAGUGAUUCCAUGCAGGAAAAGAUGUUUGUAGAAGACCGGUCUGUUUUCGAUCCUAAUCAGCGAAUUAUGCCAUAUAUGUUGUUCAAGGAAUUGCUGCUCGGUUUUGAUGUUAGCAUCAAAAUUAAUUUCUGACCAUAUUUCUAAAAUUUCUUGUAGAAAUGGGUCUUGGACCGAUAUCGACUUUGAAAUGUCACGUUUGUGUAAAUUACAUGUGAAGACUAGUUUGCCGCCGUGCUUCUUAAGUUCUACUUCAAAAAAGUAUUUCCAUUUUCCGCAGUUAGAGUCGUCGAGGUAUUUUUUGAUCCAAACAGUCUUGAGCGAUUUGGUAAAUGAAGCGAUGUCAAUCAUUUUUAACCCUCCAUUGUUAUAGUCGUUUGUCAUGACACUUCGCUUAAUCUUAUCGCACUUAUUGUUCCAAAGAAAGCUGAAGAAAAGAUCGUUUAUUUCUUUGAUAAUUUUAUGAUUUGUCGGCAGCGGAGCUAAAAUAUGCGUAAGUUGAGAUGCCGCUAAGCUUUUAAUAACUUGGAUUUUGCCGAGUAACGUUAGCCGCCUAUAUUUCCAAUUGCUUAAUAUGUUUUUAAUUUUGUCCGCUUUUUCCCUGUAGUUUAAGCUUAAUGUGAUAUCAGGAUAGGUAGAAAGCCAAACGCCAAGGACCUUAACUUUGUUUUCUGGCCAUUUAAAAUUCUUCUCGGGAAGAAGUUUUUCCUUAUUUCCUGCCAUUGAUCCAAUCCAUAGAGCUUCAGUCUUUUUACUGUUGAGUCCUAGACCAGACAUACUGCUAAAAGCCUCGAUCAUCUUAAGUGUGGCGGAUAAUGAAUCUCUAGUACCGUUAAGAAUGAAAGUUGUGUCAUCUGCGUACUGGCUAAUUUUAAUUUCUGAGUUGUUUACAGAUAUUCCUUUAAUAUUCUUGUUCGAUCUGGUUGCUUUAGCUAAAAUUUCAGCAGAUAGUAUAAAUAGGUACGGCGAAAGAGGGCAACCUUGCCUAACACCUCUUUGUGGUUGAAAAAAACAACUCGUCCAGCCAUUGUUUAGGACACAGCUUUCGAUGUUCUUGUAAAAUGUUUGAAUCCAGGUUAUCAAAGAAGAGCCGAAACCAAAGUGCUGGAGCGUGCGCUCAAUAAAAGACCAUUCAAGCGAAUCAAAGGCUUUUUCAAAAUCUACAAAGAGCAAUAGCCCAGGGAUAUUUUGUUGAGAAGCGUAAUUUAUAAUGUUAUCUAUCAAUCUAAUGUUUUCUCCAAUAAAUCUUCCUUUUAGGAAACCGGUCUGGUCGUUAUUGAUAAGUUUUGGGAUAACAGAUUUUAUUCGGUUUGCGAUUGCUUUCGCAGCUAUUUUGUAGUCGCAGUUGAGGAGAGUAAGGGGCCGCCAGUUUUUAAUGAAGUGCGGUUCUGCGUCUUUUUUUGGUAUGAGUUUAAUGAUUCCGCGUCUCUGUGUGAUCGAAAGGGCUCCUUUAUCAUAUGAAUAGUUGAGUGCACUUAUUAAAAGAGGAGAUAAGUCUUUCCAAAAAAUUUUGUAGAACUCGGCAGGGAGUCCAUCAGUUCCAGGGGUUUUGUCUCGAUCCAUGCUUCUUAAAGCUUUAAGACACUCUUGUUCGGUUAAAUAUCCUUCGCAACUCGUUGCCUCGUUGUCGUCCAGAGACGUUUCGUUUUCAGGUUGAAAAAAAUCGCUGUCUGUUGGUAUCACAUUUUCCUGGGAUGUGUAGAGCUCUUUGUAAAAGGUUUCGCAUUCAGCAAGGAUUUCCUUAUCAGAUGUGAUAAAUUUUAGAUCGGUGAUUUUAAGCUGGCUUAUUGUACUCAGUUUGAAAUGUCUUUUCUCAAGGUUUAGAAAAUAUUUAGUGUUUUUUUCGCCUUCAUUGUACCAUUUAAUUUUACAUCUCAAGAUUGCCCCUUGGGUACGUACUUUAAUUAUCUCUUCUAAUUCACUUUUGGAUAGCUCAAGUUGUUCUGUUUUAUUUGUUUUUUGCGUUUCGCUGACAGAAGGCUCUUCAAGUUCUUUUUCUAGUAAGGCGAUUUUUUCUUCUAGCUCAUGCUGUUUAUGUGAAGUUUUACGCUUUUUGGCAGUAGCGAAGCUAAGAGAUUUCUCUCGAAUUUUAAGUUUGAUCAUAUCCCAAAGGAGCGCAGGGUUUAUUGACUUAUCAUUUGCGUAUUCGCUCUCUGUUUCCUGGAUGGUUAACCUUAUCAAAUCGAUAUAAUCCUUAUCGGCCAGAAGCGAUGUGUUGAGUUUCCAAAAACCAGGUCCUCUUGGGUUUGAAUGCAGAGAUAUAUUUAAUGUGAUCAUUGAGUGGUCUGUCUUAAAGCCCGGUAGGAUGUUUGCGGAGGUAAUGCUACCCAGAAAGCUCUGACUUGUUAAAAAGAAAUCUAGUCUACAGUGGACAGUAGGCUGUGUUUGGCGCCAUGUAUACCUUCUUUCUUCGGGGUUCAAUAUUCUCCAAGCAUCAACAAGCUCGAGGUUAUCGCAUAUCUCAUAAAUGGUUUUUUGCGCAUUGUGAUGUGUUCUGGGCAGGCCACCUUUUUUAUCUUUCUCUACAUCAAGGACGAGAUUGAAAUCGCCUCCAAUAAUAAUUUCCUCUCCUUCGAAAUCUUCAAGGAGAUUCUUAAAAAAAGCUGGAUCAUCUUCGUUAGGCGCGUAAAUAUUUGCUAAGGUUAUACUUUUUCCAUUUGUUUUUAAGUCACACAAGAUAAGGCGCCCUGAGUCAUCGAUGAAAGUUUUCAUAAUUUGAAGAUCGAAAUUAUUGUUGAAAAGAAUGCUUACCCCAGCUUUACUGCUGGAAAAUGAGCUGAAAAGACUUUUGUACCCCCAUUCAGCAGCCCAUAGGUGUGAAUUUUCUUGCGAACAAUGUACUUCUUGCAGCAUGUAAAUCGAGUAUUUCUUAGAUCUGAGCCAAUUAGAAAUUUCUCUUCUUUUAACGUUAUUCCCAAGGCCCCGUACAUUAAGAGAAGCUACCGUGAUAGUAUUGUUAUCUAUUUUGUAUAUAAAAAAAAGGGGAUAUAAUAGAUAACUGCACUGUUUGAUUAAUCGACAAUAACAGCGUUAUGGCCGAGCGAAGGUGUUUUGCAUACAGCUCAGAAAUUGUAAUUUUUAAGCUUUGAAAGAAAAGAUUGCAUCGGAAAGCUGUAGGUAUAAUUUUAUCGAUGUAGUUUAUAAAGCUAUGCACACUGGAAUCGACAAAACAGCAUUGUACUAGUACGAAAAGCAAACUGGUGGCACGGAAACACAAACAAUUACAUAUAAAACAGCUAAAGUAACCAAAAAUAACACAACAAAACAUAAACAAUUUAACUAUAAAAAAACCUUAUCAGAUUGGGGUUUCAAGUGGCUAGCGGGCGCGUAAAGGAAAGCAAAAACCUGGUCGAGUAGUUAUUACCGGUCGGGACAGCUAAGCCGCCCGCCACCCUAAAUUUAUAAAAAAGGAGAGUAAAGUUCUGAGGUACAAUCAUGAAAAACAGUUACUCAGCUGCUUCUGUUGCAUCGAGGCACUUGCCCGGAGGCCAGAAACUGCCGUUUAUAAACAGCUUGUCGGGCUGGCUCUUGCUGAAAGAUGCUCUCAUACCUUGUCGUCGUGCUUGUUUGAAAACUGUCAUUUGAUCUUUCCGGCGCUUGAUGAUUUCCAAUGGAAGAUCGCGGAACAUUUGGAAAUCGGUCCCCUCUAGACGUCGGCCCAAGGAGAAAAUUUCCUCGACAUCUUUAUAUCGAAGAAAUCUGGCGAUUAUAGGACGUGGAGCUGUGUUGCUGUUACGUCGGUUUGAUAGACGGUGUACGCGUUGGAUUUCCACGCUGCGGCCAUUACGAUAUCCGAGAUCUCUCUCCAUGAAACUUCUUAGAACUUCUUCGGUAUCUUCUUCUCGUGCUUCAGGGAUAUUAAAAAAUUUAAUAUUCUCUCUCCUGGAGUAAGCUUCGAGAUAAAGGUUCUUGGAUAUGAUCUCGUCCAUUUGGUGGUUGAGUUUCUUCUCACUCUCAAUCAGAGAGGUAAUUCUUUCAUUCUGCUCGUCAAUCUUAUUUUUUAAAUCAUCUCGAUAUUCCUUACAUUUGUCAGUAUUGAAACUGCAAGACUUCUUUAGAUCAGCUAUGUCAGUCUUGGCCGUUGCUUGAAACUCUUCGAGCUUUGCUGUUCUUACCUUGAGAUUCGCCAAAUUGGUUUCUAUAUUUCUUACUGUGCUUUCGAUUGAGUCAAGUUUACUCAGUCUAUCAAUGAUGGAGUUAAGUUUUUCUCCGAUGUGUUCUAUUUUGUCGAGAGCCGCCAUGACUUCGUCAUGAUUUUUUUCUAGCCUUACAGGCUUUCUUGGGUGUAUGAGACAAGGAGAAACCAAGGAUAGAAAGCUAAAACGGAUGGGGAGGCGAACGGGAGCCUAUUCACAGGCUGCUUUUUCGAACUGUGUAUUCUGUUUGGAUAGAAAUGUUUUGGAUGGCUAAGCUCGUCUUUUAGUCUGUAAAACGUUAUCAGAGAUGUACGUUUCUCACUUAUAAUAAAUAGAAAUGUUUUGGAUGGCAAAGCUCGUCUUUUGGUACUCACAAUGUUAUCAGAAAUGUAAGUUUCUCACUUAAGUUUCCCUUUUACAGAUGACGUUCGUCCAAACAUAUUAGCAGCAAUGAAGGAGAUUCACGAUGUUUCUUGCGUUCGAUUUAAGGACAAAGAGGCUGCAGACAAGCAUUGGAUUCAGUUUGUCAGAAAAAAUGGGUAUGUCCUUAUAAACCUUCUUACCCUGAUCUGGUAGCCGGCAUGGAGAGCACAUUCAGCAAGAUAAUCGUUAGGCCGUAAAAAUGUGUGACGUUAGCUAUAGGUUAAGGUCAGAGGUUGUAAUUUGGGCAUGCGUUGUGAUAAAACGUGCUGUGUACAUCUGCCGUUUUGUGCUAGGUGUGACUACUAGGAGUGAAGGAGUGGAUCCACCAUUUUGACGUAAUUGGAUGGUUAGAUUUGACGCGGUACAAUUUGAACUCGCUGUUCCGUCAAAAGAAACAAUAUUUUCUCUGUUCUUGUCUGCGAAGGAACAUGGACGAUUAACCCUUUAACUUCCAAGAUAUGAUUAGUAAUUGUCUUUUCUGACUGCUAUACAUUUUAUUGAAUGUUAAAUAUGAGAAUUUGCGGUUUUAUCAAUACAACAUCCUCAGGCUGAUGAAUAUGGCUAUUCUCACCAGUUAUCUGUUGGACAAUGUAUUGGGUGUUCUAAGGAGAAGUUACAUGUCAAUCAUUUCUGGGAGUUAAAGGGUUAAACAUGUGUAUGUUACUGUUUGGAUCGCAUUAAUGACACUUUAAAACAUUUGUCACAUUCAACAUAUGAAUUUACGGCUUAGUUGGUAGAUGCCGCUUGAUUGGUCUAACUAGCAACAUGAUUAUAUACCCAACAUCGUCCAAUAAUGUUGAACUUGUUAACUAUCCCCUUGUUUGGAUUGUCUUUGUACUCCGCAUAAGCAAGCUUAACUUAAAUAUUACUUUUUUAGUUGUUCCUCAAAAGUUGGCCGAGAAUAUUCUGUUCCUGGUAAACAAGAAGUCUCCAUAGGCAUUGGAUGUAACAGUAAAGGCAUCAUUCUGCAUGAGAUUAUGCACGCCAUCGGUUUCUGGCACGAGCAAUCCCGCACUGACAGAGAUAAGUAUCUGUCCGUGCAAUGGCAAAAUAUCAAACCAGGUAUGAUAAGAAUUGAUUGCAUAAUGAGCUUCUCGAGACCUCUUGACAGGGCUACGAUGGGGUAACUUUGGAGGAAAAACUUUAUCUUCCCGGUUUUUGUUUUUAAAGUUAGAAAAAUCUUAGAGAUGCCCCUUAAAGGGCGAAGUGUUUCAACUAACCCUGACAGAAAAUGCAACUUUUAAGCCACAUUAAAAAUCUGUUUACUAGUAAGUUAUAUCAUGAUAUGUGAAUUAAUUAUUUUCAAGUUUCUUACACUGCUUUUUUCUUCAGGUCAAGAAAAAAACUUCAACAAGUAUCCUGCAUCGGAAGUAGACUUCGCGGGUGGAAUGUACGACUUUGACAGCUUAAUGCAUUAUGGGAACUAUGCAUUCUCCAAAAACAGGAAACCGACGCUGGUAGCCCUUAAAAAUCCCAAGCUGCAAUUUGGAAGAACAUUAAAACUAAGCAAGACGGAUAUUCUACAGUUAAAUGCCAUGUACGACUGCAAAAGUAAGCGUUUCUUAAGAAAGGUAACAACUUAUUUUUUUUAAUCGGCCAUCUCUAUCAUCAUCAUCAUCAUCCUUCGGCGUGCGCCUGAAUGCUUCGCACCACAGUCGAUCUCCCGGCAUACCGUGCGGUCCUUCCACUCUUCUACUGCAUAGAUACCGCUCUAAAGGCCCGAAGUUUACAUCGAGAAUUUUAUGGCGCUAAUUAAAAUUGCUUUUACUCAAAUUUAACAUUGUUUCAAAACUGAUGGAAUGUUUAUGCAAUGUAUCGCUAUUUUUUCGCACGAGAUAUACCUAAAGCGUAGAAUUGAUGCAGCAUUUUUUGAAAUGAAAAUCGCUGAAACAUCACCAUAAAUUGUCGCGAAAAUCGUCACUAAAAUUUAAGCAAAUCGCACGGAUGAAGCACCCUAAUGAAAUGAACCUUGAAACGGACAUGAUUGGAUGUCCGGCAAACUGAGUUUCAUUUGCUUGAAUUUCAGUAUCAUUGACCAAGUUAUAUGUCAAUAUCAUUGACCAAGUUAUAUGCGCUUUUUCCUCGAUACUGUACUUUUCAACUAGCUCGCCAAGGAAGCUGGAGUAGUUGGACAGAUUGGGGACCCUGUGACCAGAAAUGCACUGUGGUUCGGGAACGCUUCUGUGCUGCUAAGGACAAAUCAAAAUGCCCAGGAGUUGACGCAGACGGAAUACAGUCCCAAAAAAAGCGCUGUGAAACCGACGAGUGUAAUGGUAGGUUCAAAGCUGGACCAGGCCUAUUAUUUUCAACCACUUUUGACACUUUUUACAUAGAGUGUCUGUAUUAUUUCAUUUUUAAGUAUCAGUUAUCGCAAAAACUGCCAUUUUGAUUAAGAAAUUUACCACUUGAGAAACUCAAGGAAGAAUGCCGUACAAGCUUUGGUUGCAGUGAUCUGGGAUCGCUAGGGUAUAUAAGGGUUAGUUUGAAUUGGUUGAUGGUAUCCAAGGCAACCAUGGUAGAACCUCGAUAUAACAAAAGGUGAAGAGACUGGCAAGCAGUACAUUUGUAUAACGAAGUCUCGUAAUAGGUUCUUUUUCCAUUAUUUACUAUUUUUGGGGCGAGGAUUAUCGUUCAUUAUUCGUAAUAAUCCCUUAUAUAGAGCUUCUUUGUUUUGAGGUUUCAGGUAUUAGCCAAUCAUAAGUAGCGCUUGUCUACCUAAGGCUGUGAAGUAGGGAAUCAGUCUGUUGUGGUUCAAUUUUAUCCUUGGUUUAAAUUUUAUUUUCCUUUGUUUCAAACUCCUUAUCGCACAUUAACAUACCCUAAAACAAAGAGAAAUAAGAUUUGAGCCAAAGGAUAAAAUUAAACCCACUAAUAUUUUGGUUCCAGUUCCCUUGAACGGUAGUUGGGGAAGAUGGGGUCCGUGGAGCGCCUGCAGUGUAACCUGUGGUAAGGGCUAUCAAACGAGAUCCCGGAUGUGUAAUGAUCCUCCCCCACAAUUCGGUGGUGAUAUAUGUGAAGGAAUGCUUGUUGAAGUCCAGAAAUGUGAAGGCAAGACGAAGAAAUGCAAGAAAGGGGGUGCAAAAUCACGAAAGAAAAAAGGACAAGGUACGGGAAAACAAAAAAGGCUAUUACAGUGUCAUAAAAUACUUUUAAUCAGCUGAUGUGAUAAUAAUGGUUACCGAAACAUCGGGGGGCGGGGCUACUGAAACAAUAUUUGGGUAAGAUUAGCCGUUGAGCGUUUGAAGCCCUGACUCUGUUUAGGCCAAAGUAUUCAAAUCCUAGAAUUGGGGUAGGGGGUAGGGUAGCUACAACAAUAAUUAAUAGAAUAUUCGCAAUCCCGAAUCGAUUCCCAGGCAAUAAUCCGCCGAAUAAAGAGAUCCGUCUAAAACUACUAACACCGGGAGCAAAAAUUAUUUUUCCGUUUACUAAAUAAUCCAAUCUGAUAUCCCUCUAUGACUCAGGGAUCGUUUUUAUUUGGAAAAAAGUUGUAAAAGCAUACUCCUGCAUGCGACGCUUUCCCAACUUAACAGACUGCACUUGUUGCUAUAGCGUGAAUCACAUGGUAAAGUACUGACUUUGAAAUUGUUUUUCUUUGGCUAGGAUGGAGAUAAGAAGUGGAUGGAGUUAAAAGAACAAAAAGGGAAACUAUUAGAAUAUAAUCUAUGAAAAGAUCAGUGGACACUUUUGUAUUUAGUCAUUACUCACAUAGCUGCUUUGAUAAAAUGAAGUAGCCAAAUAAGCACAAAUUAAAAAAAACAGAUUGAAUAAAAUAAUUAUGGUCUCAAAACGAUGAGAUGCGGCUGUAAAUAAUUACAUAAAUCAAUUAGAUAAGACUACUUGAAAUUAGAAACACAGAUAUGUUAAACGCCUAACUGGCAGACCAACAACUUUGAAUUAUGAGGAAAAAAGGUAACCGAUUUACGGUGUAUGUUUUAUGCAUUAGGUUUACUUUCGUAUCUUAGACCACCUUUUAUCAAAUCGUAGCUUGUUACAACUUUCUGAACUAUUAAUUCGUUAUGUCUGAUACCGGCCAGAUGUCUGUUCUCAAAAUACCGUUGUCUCGUUUACGCGGCUUCACCGCGAACCAUCAGUAUCGAUAAGAAAAAAUAUCCUCUGUAACCCAGGAUAUAUGUCUGAUUAACAUUAACUGAUAACAAUUAACGACAAAAAUAGGAGACUUAAUCUAUUUUAAAAAUUUUAACUGAAGGAAAUCUCUCACGAGCAAAUAGAGCAUCUCUAAUUUAGGCGAAGAUAAAUUACAGUUUUAGCUGCUGGAACAGAAAUAAGUAAUUUACCAUUUUCACAUAUACCAUAAUGCACCUUUACUCCUCAAAAUUUUUCGUUACCAUUGUUUACAAUUUCUGAUCUCCUGGGCCAGUUACGGGCUGAGCGCUUUCCAUUCAAUCAAAACGUCCGGUUUGAACUUUCGGCAACGUCUAGUAGCGAAUGGAACAGUAUUUUCAAAAAUUUCCAAAAGGAAUUUUCGGUUGAAUGGUUCGCAUUUAGGAAAUUCAACAGUUUCCGGGCCGGAAUUUCUGCAAACUUUUAAAAGAAAUUUCAGUACCAUUUGACGCUGUUUCCAAAUUUUUGAAAGUUUUGGUUGAAUGGAAAGCGCCCACAGUCGGUCAAAGUCAAAAUUUCCGGGGAGAAAAAAGGAGCAUUAUGGUCUAUGUGAUAAUAGUGAACAACAUUAACUUAAUUACUUGUUGCUAAAUAAUAAAGACUGCUAUUGCUGUGGUUGUUGUUUAAUGUUGGGUAGCCUGCGAUCAAGCUCUCCCUUUAGUUAAAAUCUUUGCUUGUUGGCACUUAGCGAUAGCUGUAACUAGUUUAUAUCAGGAGCAAGAAUUAGCACUCCCAUUCGGUUAGCGCGCGGCCCUCUAUUUGUGGGCGGGAGCCGAGCCAGCAAUCGAUCUCCAGGAGUGACUUCAAAUCCUUGUUUCGACUCAGUCUUUGCUUUCGAAUUCCGUGUAGCUUUAGGUGCUGCUUUAAAUACCCGUCAAAUAGAGCAUUGAUAGAGAGAUAGGAUGAAAUGAGCACCCCGUUGGCCUCAGGUUUGUCGUCUAAUGAGUACUUUUACGAGUGAAUUACGUGAAAUAAGGACCUUAACCUUUCCAUCGCUUACGAUGUAGCGAGAAUCUCGGAUCUUGUAGUGAGAACGAUCGAAAGGAACCAGAAGGGCACUCAUGGAACUAUUACCAGCUACCCAUGGAGAAAAACCUAGUAGAAUCUACAAAAGCAAUGCCUAAUUUAUUAUUUCCUUACACCUUGCUGACGCUUUGAGAAAUAAAAGAGUGUACCACGAGGAGAACCUUUCGCAAGACGACCGUUAUCAAUGGUCGCGCAUGGUCUCGCCGCCAAACGUCGGCUGUUUCAUCAGACAAUAAGCAUCGCGGGAGAUCUAAGACUGUUUACAGUCCCCUAUUUUCCUGUAUAUACUAUACAAAAACGGGCGGUAAUCUUGAUUUUAAAUGUAUCGUGGGGAUGGGUAUCGGGUUGGCCGAAAAGGAGGCGACCCCCUCCCUGACGCUGUUCGUAAUAAAACGUAUAAAACACUCUGAGCACUUCUCAACCGUUUCACAUACAGGCCAUGUUCGUAGAUCCUGUGUCACAAUAUGGCUACAGUAUAUGGCUGAUUCACUUAGGUGAAUAUUCCGUGCUGUAUUACCCUCUCAAUUUUAGCGUCAAACCGGUUCGGGUACAAAGCAAAAGGCCGGGUUUUCAAUAUCAUUAACGAGUUACAAUGGAGGAUACCUGGAGGUUACAAUCUUCCCAGCAAGCCUUGCGAAUACUUCAGGGUAAUUGUUUCCGGUCUGUGUUAGCCAGUAAGCAGUAUGCCGUCCUGAAAGCCAAAUGUACUGACAAGCCGAAAUAGUUCGGUAUUUAAAUCCGGGCAAUGAACCAUUUCUAAGGAAAUAAUGGCUAUGGCGACAUUUUUAUGUAUCUGCUUUCGAGGACAUGUUGAACAAGCAGGCAGUUAACAGGUACCCAAAAGAAAAGAUCAGCAGGUUGACGGAAGAAUAAGAAUAACCGAAUUGACUUCGACUUUGGAGUGAAAAAAAGGAUUUUCUCAAACAUGCUUCAGAGCUGGAAAUGGGUACAAUGCAAGCGACGGUAAUUUUUUGCCUUCUAUGGUCAAGUGUCACGUGUCCAAAUUUCAUUUCUGGUAUGUUAUGAAUUGAAUUCUCUGUUAAGAAUGACAAUUUCGCAAUACUAGUCACAUAAAUUAAAAGACAUGAGUUUAUGUCUAGAAUUCUACGUCUAUUUACCGUCCAUUGCUGGUAAAUCGUGAAAUAGAUAUCAACAUGCCGGCUAUAGUAAGCCUGAAUUGACUUUGGGACCUUACGCUCGGCAUUUUUCUUAUAAUCGGUUUACAGGAAUAUCAAGAAGAAAUGGGACAAGGAAGCUGUUUAGACUCGAGAGGCAAGAUGACGCAGUGUUAAACAGCAUUGAAAGAUUGAAUACUGGUCUGUUUGCAAAACUGCUUUGCGUGGUUUGUGUGGCAUUACUCCCCUCCCCCACCCCUUUAGGAGCUUACGCAAAAAAACGGCGAGGGCAACAAUAACGGCAAAAAAGCAAUAGAUUUAAAGCAAAAGAACAACUUUGUACCUGCAUCACGCAUUUUUGUACAUAACUUUGCCGUCACUGCAUGACUACGACGUGCUGAGAACUGAUUAAUUUCACGUUUUAUUGAGGAUGUGAACACAAGAGCGACAACAACUUUUUUUUUCUUUUCUUGAACUUCGAUACAGUCUUUUAGAAGUCAACUAAAGAAAAACUUACCAAAAUUUGUCGAAUUGAACGAGAUGGAAUAGGUUUGAAGCCGUCGCUAUAGUUGUUGCUUAAACUCUCUACCAUGUGCCGUAAACAACGGUGUCCUUCAGAGUGCGGUGAGAUCAGUAUUUUGAGCCAGCCUGUUGCCAACCCAUAGCAACAAAAGAUCAAAACAAUUGAAAAACGUCUUUCUACACUUAGAUGAAAAAUGUUCGGUAUAUUUUCACUUUCCUAGGCGCUACCACUGCAUUUCAAUCAUAAAAAUGCAGUGACUGGUCUCAUACCAGGCAUGCGCAUUCCGGCCACGGAGUCUUCGUUGAAAAAAAAGGUGGUAUGGAAACUGCCAGAUGUAAUUGGCGCAUUUUACUAAGGUCAAGCCAUUUUUUGACCAACAACUACAACACCGUUUUUUUUAAACUCUAUUUUAUGGACGAAUAGAUGUACCUUAACAAAACAUGACAUAUUAGAUAACUAGAGAGCAUUUUGUAUACCAUCUUGAUUGGCGGCUAUUUUAGCUUACUAACUGCACAGAUCGAAGCUCCAGAAGAAGAAUGAAGGUAGCAGAUUUUGAUGUUAUGUAGAAUUAGAGGAAGAAACGCCAAAUUUUAACCCAUGAAAACAUGACCAUACAUUUUUUUGUUGGGGUUUUUAGAUGUUCGAAAUAAACUUUACGAGGCGGAUAUCGUGCUGUCUGAUGAAGAAAAAAAGCAAGUAGAUCAACGAGAGGAAGGCGAUGCAGACGGACCCGGGGCAGCCAAAGAUCUGAUCAAAAGAAAUGCUGUUAGAAACAGACAAAAGUUGUGGAAGUCGCGAAUUGUGCCCUACAGAAUCUCCCCCGCUUUGUGUAUGUGUUUCAUCAAUAGUGCUUAACAACUAACAUAAGUUAGGCAACUUGUUUAGAAGAACUAUCUGAUAGGUCUUACUAAAAACCGAAAAUGACAGCUGCAGUUCGUAGCGCGAUUGAGGUCAAAGGUCGCCUGGAUGCUCUGUUAUUUAUACUCUAAUAACAUUUAUCCGUUAACAGGCCAGAGGCAACCCUCAAUAUACAGUGUAACCUGUUAGGUGGCUAAAUACCCGCUCGGGUUUCUGCUUAAUAAAGGUACACUUUAAGUUUCAGAAGUUUUAGUAUGAAUCAAAACCGCGAUUGUGGGUGCUCAUACCACUGACUUCUCUCCUCAGGUCACGGGUCCCCUACUUACUUCCUAAUGGACUCUUAAUGUUGCCUUUCACCACGCUUUCUACACUUCGGUUGCGCUAACUAUGCGCCACACACACUCUCUGAGCCUUCACUGCAUAAUCUAGACAGGGGAGUCAUUUGUCUUGUUGAUGUGGCAUUUCAAUGAGGCCUGUUCUUACGCUACUCCGAUCAUUCCUUCUGUUUCUUACCUUUUCUCCGCAGAUAUCCAUUCUGCGGCCGUCAAAAUUGUCCAUCUGACAAACGCACUAUGUCGAUGAACAAUAAGGUUUCUAAUUCUAAUCGUUUAAUUACCUCACUUUCGUGCAACUUUUUUAUAUGUAGUCGUCCAGAGACUCUGUCAUUCUGUCCGCAGUCUUUUUCCGUCAUCAUCAUCAUCAAUUUUAUUUGUUUGAAAUUCCGAAAAACGUUCCAGCAAUGAAGACUUUUCCAAUAAGAGCCCAACUGAACGAAGAUAGAUUUUACAGUACUCGUUUGUUUAUUUAUUAAUAUUAUUUUAUCUUUAUCUUUCUUUCUUUUUUUUUCAAUCCUUUGCAGAUCGUGCCAAGAGCGUCAUUAUGGCAGCCAUCAAAGAGUUUCACCGACACACUUGUUUACGCUUCAAGCCUCGCGGGAAAGAGCGAUCCUGGAUUCGAUUCGUAAAAAGGCAUGGGUAAGAAUUUAAAGCUCUCAAAAUCGCCCUCUUCAAAUCGACUGGAUGCCAAAUUAAUCCCGUCUCCUUGUUUUGGCGACAAAAAAAUGUCACAAAAAUAUUGAAUAUACGUGGUUUUCAUAUAUUAUUACAUGUUUUUAUGAAGGGCUUUGCCACAGUGAUCAGAGGAACUGGGACUAACCAAAUGGUGAUCCAAGUCGCGUCCUUGUUAUCGUGAAAACAAAGAUGAACUCAGAUCACUGCUUAAAAUGAGUAAAAGCAAUAGAGCCAUGGCUCUUGGUAAAAGACAAGAAGAACCCAUGCAUUCCUCGGUCUAACCCGACGUCCACAAGAUGAUCCUUUGAAAAAUGAAUGAUGUAAGGCACUGUCUGGUUCACAUAUCCGUCAUCCAUUGUGAGGAUCAAAAAAAACCUUACCUACCUAGUUUUCAACUAAAAUAUAACCUCAAACACGUCUUCAUUGCGGCUUAAUAAUCGAAAAUUUUCUAGUUUUCUUCUAAGUUAAUAGUCGCUAUUCUAAUUUUCUUAGAUGUUGGUCUCGCGUAGGAAAGCAAUUCUCUUCAUCUGGCCCUCAGCUCCUCUCUGUAGGUCCCGGAUGUGAUAAGAAAGGUAUAAUAAUGCACGAGUUAAUGCAUGCAGUUGGAUUUUGGCAUGAACAAUCCCGAACAGACAGAAACAAGUACGUGGAGGUACUGUGGGAAAAUGUUGCCAAAGGUUAGUUUCUCCUUUUAAAAUAGAAAUACGUACCAUCUCGCAAACCAACCGGGAAUAACCUGUCGUGAGGACUGUCUCUUCUUUCUCUCUCAUUUUCUUCUUUAUCUUGUUUCAUUAUCCUAUCUGAUUCCUAAAAUUUGUAUCUUUCCAAGCAUAUUUAGCAGUAUUUCGGUCGCCGGAUGAAAAAAAAAAAAAAAAACGGCAUGCAACUCGGUUUCAUCAAUAGAUCGGUAUAUAAAGCUGACCAGUUUUUGAUCCAUCGGCCAUGUCGGCGGAAAAGCUCCAACUGGAAGUUAAGAUUUUAUCUCGGUGUAGCAGGAAUUUAAAGGUAGAUUCCUGGGAAAAGGGUAAGAGUUGGGGAGGUAAAAGCCGAGCAGUAUUUUCUGCUCAUCAUUUAUUUAUUCAUUUCAUAAGUUUUUUUUGUUUCCCAGGUCAAGCUCACAAUUUUAAUAAGUAUUCGCACGGUAAGCUCGAUUAUCUUGGUGCCAUGUAUGACUUCCAAAGUCUGAUGCAUUAUGGGAGUCGCGCCUUCUCCAAGAAUGGCAAGCGUACUAUAAAAGCUCUUAAACAGUCCGGCGUGGAGUUUGGUCAGAGGAAAGGUUUUAGUGAGACGGACAUUCAGCAGCUGAAUGCACUGUAUGAUUGUAAAAGUAAGUAAACCUGGGCAGUUUAGAAAAACAAAAUGAUUGGAAUGCUGUUGCCGAUAGCUGUGCACCGUCUAUGCAAGUCCACAAAACCAUGAAAAAUACAUACUUUACAUACAUACAUACUUUAUUGUUACCUCCCCAAAGGGGCUUUUCAGGAAAAAUGACGGCGUCUGACGGGAUAAGUUUGAAUGAUUAACCUCUGCGAUGAAUAGCUAAGAUACAACAUACAAUUCAAGUUCUUCUCAAUUCUGUGACUUCGCGUGUGCUAGCCCCAAGUAUCCCUUAGCUUCUAUAGGACUGAGGCUGUAUGAAGGAAUGAUAUGAGCCAAAAAAAUUUAAAUUUACCAAAUAAAGAACUAUUGGUGUUAAAAUAAUCACACCCACCGUAGAAUUGAGCUUCUAGAAACAGCACAAACUUCAAUGCAAUGUACCUCCAAACCACGCAUGAUAGCUCACGGCUAUCCUCAAUUUACAAUGUUUUGUUUUGGAACGUCUGAAAUGAGCGGAUCGCUAUCUAUUUAAAGCUCCAGAGGUUUUACAGUUAUCCACGCGUGUCCUAAAAUGCGCUGAUCAACUUAAGAUUGGAAGUAAUAAUCCUUUUUCUUCUGUCAUAAGACAUCAGUGUUUGUUCUGAAUUCGAACAGCUGACAGUUCACAUCCUUGGAGCUCGUGGACAAAGUUUGGUCCUUGCAACGACCGGUGCCAGAAGAUACGACAGAGAUUCUGCAUGUCACGUGAUCGGAAUCAGUGUUAUGGGGUGGGUACCUAUGGAAUCCAAAAACAAACAGAAACUUGUUCGCUUAACGAGUGUUAUGGUAAGUCCGUAUUGUGUUAAAUGGACCAUUGGGUGUGACGUAGAUAAAGUGACGUUUGAACAUUUGCUGGAGCCUGAUAUCUCAGUAUAGCCGCUGAUAUAAGCAAAUCUCCCUUGUCCUUAUGAAUAUUUUGUUGAUUUAGAGAUCUUCGCAUCUGUGUGUCAGACGUGAACUGAUGAUCCUUUAUGUCGCUCCAUACAAAUAAGGGCACAACGAAACUUUUAUUAACGACCUUCUGAGCGAUUUUGUUGUGUCAUCAUCAUCAUCAUCAUCAUCAUCAUGUAAUGGGCAUGAAUUAUUUUACUUUUGUAGCCCCCAUACCAGGUCACUGGGGUCGCUGGUCAUCCUGGUCUUCUUGCGGUGUAAGUUGUGGACCUGGCCAUCGUUUCAGAUCCAGGCUGUGUGACGAUCCACCCCCGAAGUAUGGUGGGAAGAAGUGCCUUGGGACACGUGUACAAGCUGAACGUUGCUGGAAUAAAAACUGUUAA